CCGCCUAGCUAACACGAACGCAGAGCUACAAGCUUCUCCUGCUGAUCAGAGGCAUCGAUCGGCAUGAACCCGCCCACCGGUAUGUUUCCGCCGCCGCCACCGCCACCUUUCCACCACACGUUCCCGAUGCAGCCCCCGCCGUACUUCUACCAUGCACCCAUGUCGCCGGUAUGGGCGUCGUGGGCAGUCCCUGUGCGCUCCGUGUGGGCUUCCAACUUCAAGCAUGAAUCGGCCAACCUCUGCCACGUCGCCAGGAGAGCCCAGUACGUCGCCGUCGACGUGCACUACCCGGGCGCCGUCCACCACCCCAGCCAGGACCACAACGCCCUCACCGUGGAGGAGCGCUACGCCCUCGUGAAGGCCAACGUCGACGGCCUGAAGCCGCUCCAAGUCGGCAUCGCGCUCUACGACAGCGACGGCGGGUACCUCGCCGCCUGGGAGUUCAACCUCCGCGACUUCCGCCCCCAUGCCGACCCGCACGACGAGAACUCCCUCGCGUACCUCGCCGGCCGCGGCCUCAACGUCGGCGCGCUCCGCGACCACGGCGUCAGCGCCGACAUGCUAAGCAAGAAGCUGUUUGAAUCCGGCCUGGUCGGCGCUCGGCGUGGGCGGUCGCGGAGUUGGAUCACCUACGCCGGGGCCUACCAUGUCGCAUACCUGCUCAAGAUUGUCACCGGCGGGGCCGCGCUGCCGCGAGACGUGGCCGGGUUCAACGCCGCCGUGCGGCGUUACCUCGGCGACCAGGUCUAUGAUGUGGCCAGGAUGGCGGCCGACUGCCCAGCCAUGCCGCGGGCGCUGGAGCACAUCGUCACUCACCUCGGCCUCCAUCCGCCGCUGGGGAGCCCUCACCUCGCAGCUGCCGCCGGCGUGCACGCGCUACAGGUCUUCAUGCGGCUGAAGUACGUAGAGCUCGGCGGCGACGUGCGGAAAUACCGGGGUCUUCUUAAAGGCCUGCACUAGCUAGGUCGAUCUCACACCAACAAUGCUGAGCCGAGAAUUCGAAGCUCGUGCAAGGAAGACCGAUCUUUGCGUCCAUGGUAACUUGAAGAGAGUACUAAACCAGCGGCACUUAACAUGGAUCGAAGAGAGUACUACAGUUUUACAGGUCUCUUAGUAUUAUAGUACUAGUUUUUUUUUAAAGUUCAAGCACUAGAUUUCAGUAAAGUCUGAAAAUUUUCGUUUCAGUGAAGCUUCAUAGUUUUCUCAACAACAAAAAAGUUCAGGUAACAGGUAGCAAGGAAGUACAGAGAGUUCGGCGGUGACGUGGAGAGGCAUCCACUUCGUGGAUCUGACACCAACUAGUCGAUACUUUGAAGUUCGUGCAAGGAAGGCUGGCGCCGACUUGCAUCCUUUGGUAGCUCUGAUCAAGUUCUUGAAGUCUGAAGAAUUAGUAGUACUACACUUUUGAAGUUCUAAGUAUUAGUUUUUUUUUUCUCAAUAUAGCUUCAUAGUAAUGUUGCCCAUGUAAUCGCAAAAAAUAUGUUAAAGUUAUAUAGUAUAAAGAUAUCCAGUUCCUUUUUCUUUUUUUGCAACACUACCUAGCAGCGUUCUAUUGA